UCACCAACAAUGCUGGAAACUUCGUGUAAACAUUAUUCACCACGAUAAUUGUGCAACAUGUGAGCUAUCCGAUCUAUAGUGACCUUUUUGCGGCGAUUUUCGCGACAUAUUUUACGCAUUUUUCAGUGUUUACGUCCAGACGUCUCCUCUGUGCGUCACGCAGCCGUCAACGACGCAUCACUGCACCUGAUCUACAGUUGCUGUCUUAUCCGCCCACGUUGGCUCACAGGCCUGGACUCUGGUGUCAAGUGUUUGACAGAGUUGCACUUUAGCUGGGGUGAUGUCCGGCCGACUGUUGUGUCAGAGGCCCCACUUGUUGGUUUCUUCUUAAACAGUGUGACGACUCUAUGCAAUAAAUAACCAGUGCUUUUGUUCCGGUGAAUGCUUGACUCUGGUGUGGCAUCUGGAGCCACAUGACCGUCCAGGCUGGAAGGAUGGAGGUGGCACUAGUGGACUUUGGGAAUGUGGAGAAUAUUGACAACAGCGUGGACAACUUCAACGAUCCAGAUUAUCCCAACGAAAUGACAGCAUUGAUGCUCGAUAUGCCAGACUUUAGCCCUGGCUGCACUUAUUCUUCAAAAAUGUCCCAAUGUAAAGAGAAAAUCCCCCAGAAUCUGGAGGUAUCACCACCAUCACCAGUCAUGCCCCCUAACAACAGAAGGGGGCGGGCUAGCUGCGCUAGUAUUAUUUCCAAUUGGAAAUUACUUAUGAACAGUGAAGGGACACAAAGCGAGACCAUCUUGAGUCGGUUGGCCAAAGAAUGCUACGAAGACUUAUUUGUGGACAAGCGAGGUUUUGAUGAUGGAGAUCAGAAGGUCAUCAUUAACAUCGCUGGGCUUCGUUUUGAAACACGCCUCAAGACCCUUGACCAGUUCCCAGAUACACUGCUGGGGGACCCUAUGAAACGAAUGGGCUUUUUUGACCCAAUGAGAAACGAGUAUUUCUUCGACCGUAAUCGUCCGAGCUUUGAUGGGAUCCUGUAUUACUAUCAGUCGGGUGGCAAAAUCCGUCGGCCCGCCAACGUACCUUUGGACGUCUUCGCGGAUGAGAUCCUCUUCUACGAGUUAGGACAGGAAGCCAUGGAGCAGUUUCGCGAGGAGGAGGGCUUUAUCAAAGAAGUCGAGGUCCCUUUGCCUGCCAACGAGUUCUAUAGGCAGUUCUGGUUGCUUUUUGAAUACCCCGAGAGCUCAAACGCAGCCCGAGGGGUUGCUCUAGUCUCCGUCUUCGUCAUCGUUAUCUCUAUAAUCAUAUUCUGCCUGGAGACUCUUCCGGAAUUCCGUGAGGACCUGGAGAUUUUUCCAACCGUGGGUUUUUCCUUAAACCAGACACACGGUCGUCCCUCGGGUUCUCCGCCAAGCGUCGCGCCUAAAAGCAUCACCAGCACCUUCUCCGACCCAUUCUUCAUCAUUGAGACGGCUUGCAUCAUCUGGUUCUUCUUCGAGCUCAGUGUGCGCUUCCUGGUCUGCCCCAGCAAACGGGAAUUUUUCAACAACAUCAUGAACAUGAUCGACAUUGUCUCCAUCAUUCCUUAUUUCGUCACUCUGAUAACCGAAAUAGUGACCUCUGCUGAUAAAUCCAACACAGGGCAGAACAUGUCCCUAGCGAUCCUACGAAUAAUUAGACUGGUGCGAGUCUUCAGAAUAUUUAAGCUGUCCAGACACUCCAAAGGCCUGCAGAUCCUGGGCCAGACGCUCAAGGCCAGCAUGAGGGAACUUGGUCUACUCAUCUUCUUUCUCUUCAUUGGAGUCAUUCUCUUCUCUAGCGCCAUCUAUUUUGCUGAGGUGGAUGAUCCUAACACCCAGUUUGUUAGCAUCCCUGAUGGAUUCUGGUGGGCAGUUGUUACCAUGACCACAGUGGGGUAUGGAGACAUGUGUCCUAUUACUCUGGGGGGUAAGAUGGUGGGCACUCUGUGUGCCAUUGCCGGUGUUUUGACCAUCGCCCUGCCGGUGCCUGUAAUAGUCUCAAACUUUAACUACUUUUAUCAUAGAGAGAGAGAUCAGGAGGACAAGCAGCCCGCAGCAGAUGCUGAUAAAUUAGGAAACGCUACAAAACAUGGGAGCACUUCCUCUCUGAACAAGGCAAACGGGAGCUGGAAGAAAGACAAAUCAAAGUAUUAAAAGCACAUUGAAAUGUAUUUUUUAAUAGGUGAAUAUAACAGAAAUUUGUCCAGGACAUGUUUUACUUCCAAAUAAUAAAAAAAUAUAUAUUUUAAGAAAGAAUAUGAGGCAUUGUAAUUUGGAUAUUUUUACAUUAUUAUUUUUGUGAGAAGUAUCCACCAAAAUUGUCAUUACUAUAAUUCGUUCUGAUGCUUUACAUUAUUAAAACUAAAUUAAAUAUAGUACAAUGCUGCUACCAUGACAUCUAAAUUAUAACUUUUUUUCAAACAUCUUCAAUGUAAUGUGAAUUAGAUUAUUUUGCAAAACAUUAAGGAAUAUUCAGGGAAUUUCGAUUAUUUGAUCGAUUUAAGUAAAAUAAUGCCACAAUGCAAAACACAUAUUAAUGAUUCAAUACACUC